GGUUAAGCGCACACAUGUGUUAAGUGCAAAUUUUGUGUAAAAUGUGUUAUGUAAUGAAAUAAACAUUUCAAAUUGUGUAUUUUUAUGUGCACAAAUGAGUUAUAUGAAAUACUCUUGUGACGUCAUAUUACGCAGAUGUCAGAUGUUGUAUUUACUUUAGGUAUCUAUCACAUAUGUGAUAAGAGCACUUAGCACAUUUGUCAUUUCCGUUUAAUGACGGUUAUUUCAUUUAACACAUCUGGCUCUUUAGAUAAUAGAAUAGUUUAUUUAAAGAAUUCAUCUAUAAUUAUUUAUAUUGUGCCUGGUAACAUUGUAUUUCCUUAAUGCAAUUCUAUAUUAUCAAUAGAAUGAUAAUAAUAUUAAUUGUAAAGAUUUUAAUCAGAUAUUAUUAACUAAGUCUUACUGUUUUAAUAAAAUGUUAGAUAAAUAAUUACACGUACUUAAAUAGUUUCCUCUUUAUAAAUUAUAAGUAUAAAUAAUUGUAUUUAUAUGUACAAUGACUUCAAGAACGAGAAGGUUACUGGCAAUGUGUAAAGAUACAUCAAAUACAAAUAUACAAAACAAGUCACCACCAUACUGUUUUGAUUCUGAGUCUAAUAGUGGUAGUAUGAAUUAUGAAGACUCAGACUCAAGUGAUUAUUAUGUUCCAACAUCAAUGGCAAUUAUAGAUUCUUCAUCUGAUGAAGAUGAUGAUAUGCCAAAAAAUGUACCUGACAGAGAUAUUUGUUCAAAUGAUAAUCAAAAUAGUUCAUUACUAUCAUUAAAUGGGGUAGAACUUUCUAACAACCAAACAUUAAACGGAUUAAAUAAUAAUGAAGAACUUGUAGAUAGUCUACUAGAGAUUAAUGAAAUAGAACCAAUUGUACUAAAAAGAUCCAAAAAACUUAACAAAAAUAAAUGGAAAAGAACAAUAUCAAAAAAUCUUAGAUUGAAAGGCUUAAAUUAUACUAAUAGAAGUGGCAAAUUAAUCACAGAAAAAAUUCCAAAAUCUGUUGAUUGUUCAAAAUGCAGGUUUAAAUGUAAUGAUAAAUUAUCAGAAGAACAACGUUUUAUUAUUUGUAAAGAAUACUGGAACUUGGGAGAUGACAAACAACAGAAAUUAUUGCUCAGUUCAUUGAUUUUAAAUAAACCUGUUAACAGAAGACAAAUUUUAUCAAAUGAUAAACGAAAAACAUCUAGAGAAUUUGUUCUAUGUAAUUCGUCUGGAGAAAAAAAUAGAGUGUGUUUGAAGUUUUUUUGUGCAACUUUUUCUAUAAGCCAUAGGGUAGUUGAAAUUUGUAUGAAGAAAGUUAGUAAAACAGGAGUUUAUGUUGGCCAUGAUGGUAGAUCUGAGAUAAAUUUAAAAAGGUAUAAUUCAACAUCAGAUGAUAUUAAAAACCAUGUUAAAAUGCAUAUCGACUCAUUUCCCAGAGUAGAAUCCCAUUAUUGCCGAAAAGAUACUAAAAAGCAAUAUUUAGCACCGGAUUUAAAUCUGUCUUUAAUGUACCGUUUGUAUCGUGAUGAAUACUGUAAAAAUAAUAAUAUUCAUCCAGUUUCUGACUUUGUAUAUCGCAGUGUUUUUCACGAUUAUGAUCCAAGUCUUUCAUUUUUUAUUCCAAAGAAAGAUCAAUGUACAAAAUGUAAUUCAUAUCAAAUGGCACCAAAUAAAAGUGCAUUACAAGAAGAGUGGGAAAUGCAUAAGUUAAGGGAAAAUCAAGCAAUGAAUAUGAAAGCUGAGGACAAAAAAAAGGCAAUUUAAAAUAAAGGCCUUCAUUUCAGAUCAGUAACUUUUGAUCUACAAGCAAUAUUAAGCAUUCCCUUUGCAAGUGAUAGUCAAAUUUAUUACAAACGUAAAUUAAAUGUGUAUAACUUUACCAUUAUGGAUGCAAGCAAAAAUGAUGGAUUUUGUUUUGUAUGGGAUGAAACUAAUGGAAAAAAAGGUAGUAACGAAAUAGGAAGUUGUUUACUAAAGUAUAUUUUUUUUAAUCUACCAGAUUCAGUAACCCAUUUAACAGCUUUUAGUGAUACGUGUGGAGGGCAAAAUCGUAAUCAAUUUGUUUGCACAGCAUUGCUCUUUGCAGUUAACAAGAAAACAAAUUUAGACUUAAUAGACUUGAAGUUCAUGGAAUCAGGUCACUCGUACUUAGAAUGUGACUCGAUGCAUGCUACCAUAGAGAGAAAAAGUAAACAUAAAAACAUUUAUACAACUCGUGAAUGGGCACUUCUAAUUUCAACUGCAAGACUAAAUCUUAGGCCAUAUCAGGUAAAUGUGAUGAGCUAUAAUGAUUUUUAUGACUUAAAAGAUUUAGUUGGAAGAACUGUUAAAAAUGUAUCAACCACUGUUACAAACCAAAAAGUCAAUUGGAUAAAAAUUAAAUGGAUCAGAGUGGAAAAAUCUAAACCUCAGAUUAUUCAAUUUAAAUAUAAUCUUGAUGAUUCACAAUUUUUGGAAAUCGAUAUAGCUUUAGAUAAAAAAACAAGACUUCAACAUAAAGACCCAUUCGAUUGGUCGACUAUAGUCCCAAAACAGCUUUACGAAAAAAAACUAUUAAUAAGUGCAGAAAAAAAAAAAGAUUUGAUGUCAUUACUUAACAAAAAAGUUAUACCAGAGGAGUAUUCACAUUUCUUUGAAGAAAUUCCUACUACGAAAAAAAAUAUUUCAAAUAGAGUCUCUGACGGUGAUUAUGAUGAUGAGUAAGGGUGCAAUUGAAAAUUACUUCAAUCUAAAAGUGCAAUACUACUUACAGUUAAUUUUAUAAAAGGGUUAUUUUAUUUAGUUAAGUUUUUUAAACUUAUGUUUUAACGAAGGGAUGCAUUUUUUUAUUUUUAUUUAGUAUCUAGAGUAACAAUUGUUAUACAUGAAUGACUUAAAACAUUAAAAAUUAUGUUCCUUAUUUUCAAAGACUAAAUUAUGUUAUUAUUAUGAAUUGUUAAUUAUAUUUUAAUAAAUUAUUAUAAAUAAC